GCUGUUGCUCACCCUGACAGUGAGCUGCGCCUGCCCGCUGCAUCUCUGGCUGUGCUUCCUGUUGCAUCAGGGACUGCGCGUGGUCCUGGCUGCGUACACUCUUGAGGCUGCACUUCAUUUGGGAGCCUAUCCUGCACUUCGGUCGGACCUCGUUGACUUGGGUUUUCCCUUGCCACCAGCGGACUUUGUGUAUGCUGCCAGUGAGCUGCAGCCUAAACUGCUCACCCUUUCAGCCGCGCAAAAGGCCUUGCUCCCGUCACUGUGUCGUCCAAGCGAGCCUCAAUCUGACAUUACGUGUGCAUCUGUGGAGGCCCCUGCUGCCACUCCAUCGCUCGUAGGGGAUGCCCUCCUUGGGUCGUGCAAUCUCCCGCCCUCUACGCCACGGCUCUUCCUGGAUUUAUUUGCGGGGGCUCGUGCGCCUGUCACCUCGGCCGUCCUCGAGCUGAAGCGCGACUGCUUCCCGCCAGUGGAUCUGAUCAUCGAUGCAUCUCGGAACAUCCUCGAUGAUGACUUCUUUGCCUUGCUGUGCCGCAUCGCUGAUUCGGGCCUUGUUGGUGCAGCUCUUGCGGCACCGGUUUGCUCGUUGCAUAGCAUACUACGUCUGCGUCCGGGCGGCCCCAAACCCCUCCGGGACUUUGAGCAUCCCUCCGGACGCCCCGACCUCAACUGGGACGAGUCCGGCCAACUCCAGGAAAGCACGCUGCUGCAUGAUCGCACUCGACUCUUGCUCUCUCGCGUCGGCGCCUCGGGUGGACUUAUCAUCCUGGAGAAUCCUGCAUCGUCUCUUACAUUCCACGACCAGCUCAUGAUGGACUGGAUCUCCUGCGAGGCCCCUUUCUGUGCGCAGGUUGCAUCGUGCAUGGUCGGCGCCUCCUUCUCGAAAUCCUGGAUGUUUGUUUCUAACCAGCCUUGCAUCCUGGAGCUUGCCUGUGUGUGCUCACAUGCCCGCGGCACUCACGAGUCCUUUGUUGGCAAGCGCGAUGGCACUGGCUUUCUAAGUCGCCGCACGGCCGAGUACCCAGCUGAGUUGGCUUCCUCCCUUGCAAGUUUGUGUGCUCCAUUCCUGUCCAGCCUCGGCAACUGUGUGGACUUCUCUCAGAUGGGGGCGGCAUCAACAGCACCGCGUGCUGGUUGCAGCCUCCUGCUGCUGACCUUCUUCAUUCACUCCGAAGUCAUUGGUCUCAGCGCCUGUUUGACACUGGAUUGUGUCUGCGCAUUGCAUGCGGCACACCUUCAGCUGGCACCUCAGGGACCACCCUUGGCGGACACGGACAUUGUUCCUUUCUUGCAAGACAUCUUUGAGGCUUUCCAGGUGGCCCCUGCCGAUCAAGCUGACCUGCUCUUCAUUGCACCAGGUCAGCCCUUGCGCCUGAGACUUCUGAAGUUCUUGUUAACGCAGAUCCAGGACUCGGAAGCCUCUCUCUGUGACCAGCUUGAGUCAGGCGUUUCCUUAGGGGUGGGUGCUUCUUUGGAACCCUCCCUGCAUUGGCCCAAGCGUGACUCCGAACUCGUCAUCCCCGCGUUACAUCUCUGCGAGGGAGCCUGGAAAUCGGCUGAGAGUGAGCCCGACAUCGUGCAUACCCUGCUCGAAGAGGAACUUCGUGAGUCCUGGAUUGCCGAGUAUGCAUCUCUAGAUGCGAUCCAGAAUGAGUUUCCUCAGGUUGCAUUAGGUCGACUGGGUUUAGUGCUUGCGGAAGGUCGCUCCCCCAGAUUGGUCGUGGACUCCAGCAUCAGCGGAGUCACAUCUUCAUCUGUGAUUCCCAAUCAUGUCUUCAAUCCUCGCAUUGAAGACGUGUCAGGCUGUGCACCCUCUUAUGUCCCGUCGGACCCCUGGGUGGGCGCUUCCAUCGAUGUGAAGAAAGCUCACCGUCGCAUGAAAAUCGCCCCGCAUGAACGUGCGUUGCUUGCAUUCUCCUUUCGGGGGCGCUAUUUUGUCAGCAAUUGCCUCAACUUUGGUGCUCGUGCCUCGUCUUGGUACUGGGCCCGACUGGCCGGUGCCAUACACAGGGUCACACACUUCAUCAUCUUCCUGAAGCACUGCCUUUGGGUCUAUGUGGAUGACUGGCUGGCUGGUUUUCAAAAGUCCACGGCUCCACUGCAUGUCAGUCUUUGGGUGAUGCUUCUUCUCUGCAUCAACCUGCCAAUUUCAUGGUCCAAAUGCUCCAUUGGAGAUCAGAUCACCUGGAUCGGCUGGAGGAUCUCGUUUGAUUCAUGGACCGUGGAGCUGCCGGAAGAGAAGAUUCAUCGAAUUCUUAACCAGCUCGCCUCGAUGUGCAAGCAAAAUCGUGUCAAAGUCAAAGACUUGGAAUCCAUCAUCGGGCGACUUCUCUGGCUGACAGGGCUCUGGCGCUUGCUACGCCCCUUGCUUCAGCCUCUUUAUGCCGCUCUGCGAGAUAUACCUUGCACAAUUGUGGCCGUGUCGCCGCAGCUGUGGACUCAGAUCCUCGCUGCCUGUGACGAUUCGGGGCGCCUCCAGCGUUCUCUGAAUCAUGCAUCAUUCCCUGAAGGGGCACGCCUGACUCGCGCAGGGAACACUGCUAUCUCGUCUCUGGCGCAGCUCAAGCGCGUCCCUUUCAUCAAGCGUCGCUUGUGGGUCUCCAUCCAGGACUCCGACCACCCACUGCGGUGUCUCUCACAGCAGUCCAUUGCUGCCUUGCAUUCUUGGACGGCUAUCUUGAGUUCCACACCUUGUGUCUUCAACAUCAAGCAAGCACCUUUAUUGCAUCUGGUGGCCGAAGCGGACGCCGUCGCUGAUGAGGACAUGUGUGGGCUGGGAGGGUACAUUCAAUGGCCCUCUGGCGUGUGCAGAUGGUUCUCCAUCUCCCUGAAUCCAUCGCAGGUGAAGGAGUUCUUUCCCUCCCUGGAGGGCUCUCUGCAGCCUCACAUUUGUGCCCUUGAGCUCCUUGCUCAGUUUUGCCUUCUUUGGAUUGCUUCGGAGAUGAUACCGCGCGCACGUCAUCAGCUUACUGUGCCGAUGCGAUCCGACAACUCCGGUGCGGAACUUGCAUCCGUUAAAGGGAUGUCAUCGGUCAAGAUCCUGGGCGAGGUCCUUCUUGCAUUUCUUGAUUUCCAACGCAGGAAUGGCUUGCAUGCCUCGGUUGAGCGCAUUCCAGGUUACAGGAGACCUGGCCGACGAGCUCAGCCGUCUUCGCGAUGCAUCUUCUCCACUACCUGCGUGCGACAGAAUGCAUCCUCCUUUACACUUCCUGCUUCGCUCAGCAGGUCGUGUGUGUCGCCCUGA